GAUAUAAUAAAGUUUUUCUAUAUAUAAUCCAAACAGCAUGAACACGUGCAUAUAAUAUAUAUACACAGAGAGGGGUUUUAUACAUCCAUAUCCUACUGCUAAUCAUCCGGCUAGAGAUGAGUGUUUCAGACGAAGAGACCGUAACGCUGAAACAACUGAAGCAGAAGAUGCGUGAUUUCGCUCAAGAACGAGACUGGGAGCAGUUUCAUAGCCCUAGAAACCUGCUUUUGGCUCUGGUGGGAGAAGUAGGGGAAUUGUCAGAGAUAUUUCAAUGGAAGGGAGAAGUGGCGAAAGGACUUGGAGACUGGAAAGAAGAGGAGAAAGUGCACUUGGGUGAGGAGCUCUCUGACGUCUUGCUCUAUCUUGUUCGCCUCUCUGACAUCUGCGGCGUCGACUUGGGUCAAGCUGCCCUCCGUAAGAUCCGUCUUAAUGCCCUCAAGUACCCUGCCCCCUCACCCCCACUCCCACCCCCACAACAAUAAAUUAUUACUCUUUUAUCUUCUCUCUCUCUUGUCUUAACUUUCUCUAUAUUUGAGCUGAACUUUUUCCAUAUGUAAGGCUGGCUCAUAUUUUGCUCCAUAUACAUGUGUUUGUUUUUCUUGCUUGAUUUCGAAGAUGUGGGUUUAAGUUAUAACAUCUACUUAUCCA